GACUCACAAAGGAAAUCUCUUUGUUAAUGCCACGACACAUACUUCACUGGACUCUGACUAGCUAUAUUGACUUUGCACUCCGGUUGAGUGGUUCCUCAUUUACUGUGGGGAUUGCGGAUGAGAGACCCUGCUAUCCUUCAGUACCUACCACACCGGAGCAUUGUGAUGUCCCGCCUGUCAUGCCUGCCAAACCACAGCCGAUUCACGUCAUGCCCGCCACGCCUGAGUCCCCAGCCGAGAUGGCCGCCGCCACGCCUGAGUCCCCGGCCGAGAUGGCCGCCGCCACGCCUGAGUCCCCGGCCGAGAUGGCCGCCGCCACGCCUGAGUCCCCGGCCGAGUUGGCCGCCGCCACGCCUGAGCCCCCGGCCGAGAUGGCCGCCACGCCUAAGGCAGCCACGCCCGAGCCCCCGGCCGAGAUGGCCGCCACGCCCGAGCCCCCGGCCGAGAUGGCCGCCCACGAACUCCCUGCCUGUCCUGCCAUGGCCGAGAUGGCCGCCCACGAACUACCUGCCUGUCCUGCCACGGCCAAGGAGGCCGCCCACGAACUCCCUGCCUGUCCUGUCACGGCCAAGGAGGCCGUCCAUGUCCCUGCUCCACCAUGGCUUCCAGCUCUGCCUGCACCGCCUGGCCACCCCGCUAGGCCAGCACCGCCAUGGCUGCCGGCUAGGUCUGCACCGCCAUGGCUCCAUGCUCUGUCUGCUCUGGAUCUGCUCCACGGCCCAGGUCCCCCUCUGCUUCAUGGUCUGUCACUGUUCCACGGCCCAGGUCCCCCUCUGCUUCAUGGUCUGUCUUUGCUCCACGGCCCAGGUCUUGUCCCUUUUCACGGGCCUGGCCCUCCUUCACUCCCCCUGUUCCGUCUCCACUCCACCACCUUCCUGAACCUUUUGUGUCUUGUUGUUUGGGCUUCUGGAGCCGCCCUUAUAGGGGGGGAUAUGUAACGUCUGUUUUGGCUUUUGUUUCUUGUUCACCAUUUUCAUGUCUCUUAUUUUGUAGUUUGUUUCAUGCUGUUUGUGUCAUGCUUCCCUUGCCCUCAUGUAUCUCUGUCUUGUGUAUGUGUCAUGUUCUCAUUGGUUGUCUUGU